AUGCAGGAUCUGCCUAGUGAUGCAGCAGUUCAAGGGGCAGCAUGUCGUGCACUGUGGAGUCUCUCCGUGAAUGAUCACAACGAACAUUCCAUUGUUGAUCACGGUGGCAUUGACUUGAUCCUCAGAGCCAUGAACAGCCAUAUACGAGUUGCAUCAGUGCAAGAACCGGCCUGUGGGGUUCUAAAAAUCCUGACAGGAAGCCGCAGCCACCAGAACAGGCCUUUGAUUGGUGAUGCCGGAGGAAUGUUGGCAAUUGUAGCUGCGAUGGUCAAUUGCGAGAGUGACGAAAGUGUCCAGGUGCAAGCCUAUGGAAGUCUCAUGGAUAUCUCCAUAUCGGUUGACAAUGAAGAGAGAAUCAUGGAUGCUGGUGGAGGUCGUGCUGUUGUAUGCGCUAUGAAAAACCACCCUCACAAUGUCAAGUUGAUUGCACAUGCCUGUGGGACAAUAAAGAACCUGGCAGCAACCAGUGACCAGCAUAGAUGUGAACUAUCCAAAGAUGGCGGCAUUGUUGCAAUCGUGUCUGCUGUGUUGAAUAACUUGAGUGAGACCAAGGUCGCUGAGAACGCUUGUGGGGCACUGAAGAAUAUAGCUUGUUCGAGGCAGCAGCAAGUUUCCAUUGCAGCGUCAGAUGGAAUUGUAGCAAUCAUCAAGGCUAUGCAAUAUCACUCGAAUGAUGAUAGCUAA